CAUGUCGGGGUCCUGACAAAGCAAGUCGCACACGAACUGCAGGCUUUAGCAUCUCUGCUAAACCCCAACAAACAGCGACGAUAUAUCAAAAUUAUCAAAACUAGCGCGUGGACUAUGACCUUCAAUCACUUCAGCGAAAUCUGUAAUUGUGCAAACAUGAUAAAAGACUUGCAUGUAUGUGAAGAAUGGUGCAUUUGAGGAGUGUGUGAUUUAGCACUGGACCAUUGUUGUUCCUCAUGACAUGCCAGCCUGAACUUAAAGAGACCGACAGCCUUCUAUAGUAACUUACCUGCUGAACCUCUCCAAAAUUAUUCUUGGUUCACUGAAAGGAUAGAUCAUAUGCAAAAAAUUGAUGAAUUCUUACAUUGAUGCUGUGAAUAAGUAUAACGGGGUUACUGCGUUAAGCUUCCCAUCAGCAGGUGAAUGAAGGGUCGUCAUUGAGAUGCUGUAGGAGGAAUUGGUCAUCAAUACAGUGAUCACAACAUCGACAGAGAAGAUGGACAAGAAAUCCUUUGAUAUCAUCUUGGACGAAAUUAGAAAGUGUGUUUUGACAGAUCAACGUAUCAAAGCUAUAGAGCAGGUUCAUGGGUAUUUCUCCAGUGAACAGGUGAUUGACAUUUUGAAAUACUUCUCCUGGGCAGAGCCACAGAUAAAGGCAGUCAAAGCCUUGCAACAUAAAAUGGUUGCAAUUCCAACAACGAAGGUUGCAAACAUACUUAAUUGUUUCACGUUCUCAAAGGACAGAAUUAUUGUACUGGAACUCAUAGCUCUAAAUAUUUCUGAUGCCCAAAAUUUCCAUCCCGUGGAUGAUGCGUUCCGUACUCACCUCGCUGAGAAGCAGUGUGCAAGAAGAAUCCUAGAGCAGGUGUGUAAGGUGGGAUGUAAAGCUCCAGUGGCUAUGAUUUCAUCCUGCGGGAUGAUCCCAGGCAACCCUUACCCCAAAGGCAAACCCAGCCAGGUCACUGGAACAUUCCCUAGAAUUCCUGCCAAAAAGGAUGGAGACGAUGCAACCCUGGAUGGAAAGGGCAUUGCUGCACGCAUCCUUGGACCAAGCAAACCAUCACCAUCAACGUACAAUCCGCACAGACCUGUGCCAUACCCUAUCCCACCAUGUAGGCCACAUGCAACCAUCGCUCCAAGUGCGUACAACAAUGCAGGUCUGGUGUCAGUGGGUGGGGUCAUCACUGCCAGUGUGCCACCCCCACCCUACCGAGCCACUCCCAAUUUGGCAGGUUACAGCCGACCUAUCAGUCAACAAAAUCCAACCUCCAACAUCUCUGGCACACCUGCUAUUUCUCCUAAUAAUUCCACCACAUCCACUCCUGCCACCUCCCAGCCUCAGCCUACCACACCAAUCACUCCAGUUUUUCCUGGCAUGGUCCCAUCCCAGAACCCUGUAACCCCCUCGCCUACUCCUGCCCCCUUGCCCUCAGUCAUCAAAGGGCCUCCUGUCCCAGCUGGCUCUCCCCAAGUUGCCUCAAACUCCAGUGGCCACACCACGCCAGUUCCUUCUCCGUUUCCUGGCAUGCCCCCUUCUGGUCGAAACACCCCUUCAGUCAUUAAAAGUCAUACCCCAUCUGGAACACCCUGUGGAACACCCGGGCCAAGUACAACCAUCCCUUCUUCUCCCUUCCACAGUGCUCCCCACUCAGAAACACCUACUGGUGGGCUCACAUCUACUCCCAGAGCAACUGGUGAUCCCUUGACUCCUCAUGGAGCUAUGGGAUUACACUCAAAGAAGGGGUACCCACCCUCCUCAGAUUCCCAGUCAGCACUUUUGCUCCCUGGCACUCCCUCUACCCAGUCACAUUCAGUUAUCCGUAGUUACACACCCUCAGGGAUGUCCUCCCUCACUCCUGGACGUUCUACUCCCAGCAUGCAAGGUGUUGGUGGAUUACCAGUGGCGCCUGCGGCUUCUAGUCCUAAGCCCUCUCCUGGACUGACCUCUCAGACAGCCAUGAGUAGCCCUACUGGAGCUUUGUUUAUUGACCAACAUGCUAGCUCCAUGGCCCGGCAAAGUGGAGGUAGUGGAAGCAACAGUCCUGUCCCUUCUGCUUUCAAAGUGAGCGCAAGCUAG